UCCCUUGCCAUGGUUUGUGCUGCGUGCUUGGGAGUCACUGUGUGUGGAACACCAGUUAUUGUGCUUGUGGAACACCAGUCACUGUGUGUGGAACACCAGUCACUGUGUGUGGAACACCAGUUAUUGGGUGGAACACCAGUUACUGUGUGUGAAACACCAGUUAUUGCGUGUGGAACAUCAGUUAUUGGGUGUGGAACACCAGUUACUGUGUGAAACACCAGUUAUUGGGUGGAACACCAGUUACUGUGUGUGGAACACCAGUUAUUGGGUGGAACACCAGUUACUGUGUGUGAAACACCAGUUAUUGGGUGGAACACCAGUUACUGUGUGUGAAACACCAGUUAUUGGGUGUGGAACACCAGUUACUGUGUGAAACACCAGUUACUGUGUGUGGAACACCAGUCACUGUGUGUGGAAAACCAGUUAUUGUGUGUGGAACACCAGUUAGUGCUUGUGGAACACCAGUUACUGUGUGAAACACCAGUUACUGUGUGUGGAACACCAGUCACUGUGUGUGGAAAACCAGUUAUUGUGUGUGGAACACCAGUUAGUGCUUGUGGAACACCAGUUACUGUGUGUGGAACACCAGUUAUUGGGUGUGGAACACCAGUCACUGUGUGUGGAAAACCAGUUAUUGUGUGUGGAACACCAGUUAGUGCUUGUGGAACACCAGUUUUUGCUUGUGGAUCAAGCAGCCAUCCUUCACACCCAGGCAGGAGCUGUCUUUGUCCUGCCACAGGCUGAUGGAGCUGUCACAGCCCGGCCUUCUGCUCCUCAUCCUCUGCUGCUUGGUCCCCAAAGAGGAAAGUUGCCUGGUACAAGCUGAACUCCACUUUGUGCCAGCCAAGAAAUUGUUUGUUUCCAUGUGUUGUUUAAUUUCUUUUGGCCAUGGCUUCCCUGCAUUCAUCUGUCUAAUAAAAAUAAAUGUAGAAAACAGAAAAAGAACCGAGUUCAUCCUUCUCUGUCGUGUCUCAGUGUGUUCAUCCUUCUCUGUGCCAUCUCUGCAUGUGUGUGUACAUGUCCUGUGUGUGCCUCUGCUCUCAGCUCCUCUCCUUGGACACUUGAGCUGUGUUUCAUUUUGCUGGGACUAAGUCCUUGAGAAAUGGGAGGGGACCUGGCAUGCAGCGUGUGCUGUCCUUGUCCUGUCCCGUCUGUGCUUGGGCUUGCCCUGAGGGCUGGCUGAGCUGUGCUGGAGCCUCCCCAGCCGCAGCCAGGGACACUGGGGUUCCAGCAUGAGAUGGGACUGGUGUAGGAGCCACCAGGGCUGGGGCUCGGGGUCUGCCCCCGGCCCCGGCUGGUGCCGUGGGUGUGACAUGGUUGUGCUGUUCAUAACCAAGAUCACAUUCCCGGGAUGACAGCCUCCUCCACGCCUGCAGCUAAUCGUUGUGAGGAAUGAGGCAAGCUGGUGUCUCCUCCAGCAUCCCGCGGGUGUGGGGCUGGAUCUGUCAGCACCCGCUGGGGCUGUGGCAGCAGUGACCCCGCAGGCAAGUUGUGACACCUCGGUGCUCUGGCAGGGGGAGGGCAGGGAAGGGGACAGAGCUGCAGGAGAGGGGGACACCAGCACAGGCUCGGCUGGGGUGGCUGGAGCUGCCUCCCAGCUGAGCCCUUCUCUCCUGGCAGCACCAAAGAAGUAAAGGAUUUUAUUGUAAAAUGCAGGCGAAGCCGGUGGGAAGAAAUUAUGUCCAACUCCAGUUCAGAAGGCUGAAUGAUUUAUUUAUUAUAACCAUGCUAUAAUACAUUAAUAUACUAUAUAAAGGGAGAUACUAAAACUACAAACCUACUUGUUCUAACUCCCAUAUCUAACUCAGCCACAACUCGUGCACCUCUCUGAGAGUCCAGCCACAGGUGGCUUGGAUUGGCCACCAGGCUCAAACAAUCCUCACCAGAAUCCAACCAAGCAAACACCCCAGGUAAACAAUUCUCCAAACACAUUCCACAUGGGGAAAAACAAGGAGCAGAAAUAGAAAUUGUUUUCUUUUUCUUCCUCUCUGUGCACCUCUAUGAAAAAUCCUGAGAGAGAGACAAAUGUGCCUGCCACAGGGAUUGUCCUCCUGAAGAAGCCUGGGGAGCCCUGGGCGUCUCCCCCAGACCUGACCGAGCCUCUCUCCUUUUCCUCCCCACAGCCAGGCCACCCGCCUGCCCACGCUGGCCCCAGCACCCCGGCAUCGCCUGCAGCCGCUCCGCAGGCCCUGCCUCCCGUGUGCCCCGGGCCGCCGGCCCUGCCCCAGGGCCCCGCCUGCCCCUCACCCACCCGCCUGGCCCUGGGCAGCACCGCGGGGCCCCGGCCGUGCGGGCCCGGCCCUUUCCCGUCCGGCGGCAGGAGAUCCGCCCGGGCCUGGGCCCGCUUCCUCCGCAGCGGCUGCUGGAGCUCGGGCAGCCUGGCCACGCUGGCGGCCCGGUGCCCGGCCGUGCCCCACGGCAAGGUGCAGCCGCUGGGCGGGCGGGAGCGGCGGCUGCGGCCGGACAGCAGGACGGUCAGCAGCUUCUUCCAAGUCAGAACGGCCGCGCCUUCGGAGAGCCCAGCCUGCCCCGGGGGCUCCGGGCACGGAGAGGACAGGCAGCGCUGGGCUCGGAAGGACUCUGCAAAGGAGCUGAUCCACCCCUGGGAGACCCCCAAGGAGGAGGGGAGAGCAGGGUAACCCCGACACGCAGCUCCUGCCAGGCCUGAGAGCGCAGUGUUUGCCAUGCAUGGCUCAGCACGCGUUGGAAAAGUGUGUUGGAGCCAUCCUCCAGCACCAGGGACACCCAGACCACCACAGCUCCGGAUAACAGCCCCGGGUGCGCCCAGCUGUUUGUGAUCCAAGAGCUCCAAGCCUUUCUGGACUGGUUUUCUUUCCUGUUGUCGGUGUGUUCAGUUCUGCUCAUGACAGGCUUGUCGAUAAACGAGCCUGGUUUCAUGCCUUGGAGCAGAUGGAGGACGUGUGGGUGAUGUCCUGGGAAACGGUGUCUUAUCGGAGUUUGUGGCUUGGCCAUGAGGUGUCAGCACACUGAACACAGCCCAGCUGGAGCAGGGCUGGCAGAGCAGGACUCAGGCUUCAGUGCCAAAACUGGGGCGUGUUUGUGUCCCCAGCCCGGGCCCACCUCCUAUUAAUUGCAAUUUUUUAAUUUGAAAGCAUGCUGAUUAAGAGACUGGGGGAAAUGGAGUGCUCCUCAUGUGCUGCUGUGUGCUGAGUGGCAAAGCAUCAUUCCUUCAUCCAAACCAAACGUGAUCCCAGAGGCAUCAAGGAGUGCAGAGCCCUCCUGCAUUAGCUCCAGCUUCCCAGUGCAUGGGUUUGAGACCACAGAACACCUUGGGAGAUCCAAGCCAAGUCCCUCUUGGUGUUUUGGGCCCCUCCAAGCUGGGAUUGAUGUGUUGCCACAGGCUGUGCUGAUACUGAGUUGGACUGUUGCCUUCCUCGUGUCAGUGUUUGAAGGUGGCUGUUUUAUUCCCUGGACAAGUUUGCUCAGUGUGUGUGUGCUGUGGGUCCCUGUUCUGUACCUUGACCAUGACCUGUGACUUCUGAUGUUGCUGUUUUGUACUUUCUGAUUAUAAAUGGAGUUUUUCCUGUGUGGCUGAUGUGGUUCCACACGCUCA